GUGUAAUAAAGUAAGGUUGUAUGAGGGAGGAGGAGCGGCCCCAGCGUCCCCCAGCACAGCCUCCUGUAGGGGUCCCUCCUCUCUGGCCUGCUGCAGCUGCUGCUCUGUCUCCUCCUGUCCUCCUCACCAUUGUCUCAGACUCAGGUUGGAGUGACAAGAUCUUUCUGAGGCACUGAGAAUCAGAGACAAAGUGAUGUAGCAUGGUGGAAAAUUAUAAUCGUCAGUUGAUUUUUGUGUAGUGGAAAUUGUGCUGUGUUGAAAAUGAGCACUACCUCAGAUACCAUGGACCAAGUAAAUCAGGAACUAAACGAGCUAGAUAGUGAGGAAAACCAGUCGGACCAAAAUGGUAUUGUAUCAGAGGAAAAGGAAAUUUUGCAAAAGAAAUUAGAACAGUUACAAGCUUUGUACGAGAGUACGAAACAUGAGCUGGAUUCCACCAGAGAGGCACUUACUAAGAUGCAGUCAACACAAGGUGUAGCCACAUGUAGCAGUGUGGAGACAGAGGAGAGCUGUAUGUCAGAGUCUCACAGUCAAGACACUACUGAACACGACUCUAAACAGAUUCCUACUAGUACACCCCCACGGAAAAGUACCUACAAGAUAUUUGUGGGAAAUCUCAGUGAUUAUACGACUCGGUCAGAUCUGCGGAAACUUUUUGAAGGCUGUGGCACAGUAGUUGAGGCAGAUAUUGUGAAAAAUUAUGGCUUUGUGCACAUGGAAACUGAAGAGGAAUGUCAGGCAGCAAUUGACACUCUUGAUGGCCAUGUACUACAUGGAAAGCCAUUGGAUGUAAAGGCCUCUACUGGGGUUAGGAAAAGUGCAAGUGACCAACAAGGCAGCGUGGAUAACAGUGUGACAUCUGCACGAAAAAGCACUUUCAAGAUAUUUGUUGGAAACCUCAGUGAUUUUGCCACAAGCACAGAUAUCCGAGAAGUGUUUGAAACUUACGGUAGAGUUGCUGAAGCAGAUGUUAUGAAGAACUAUGGUUUUGUUCAUAUGAAGGAUGAAGAAGAGGGCCAAGCAGCUAUCAGAGCACUAAAUGGUCACAUGCUUCGGGGAAAGCCUAUGGUUGUUGAGGCCUCUACUGGCACUAGGAAAAAUGGUAACCAAAUGCCAAAAAUUUUUGUUGGCAAUGUACACAGGGACUGCAGACGAGAAGAACUGAAAAGUCUGUUUGAAGAAUAUGGCAAAGUCAUAGAAGUUGGCGUUCUUACUAACUAUGCUUUUGUUCACAUGAAUGAUGAAGCUGAUGCCCAGAAAGCAAUACGUGAGUUGGAUGGGCAUGAACUGCAUGGACUACGCCUGACAGUCCAGAAGUCAACCUCCCGUGGUAGACAGCAAGGUGGAAUGGGAUAUCAAGAUUCAGGCUCCCGCUAUUUGCCGGGAGACCGCGGGGGGCGAAGUCUUUUAAGCCGAUAUGAACCUUAUCCCCCACCGCCACCACCUCAUAGAUAUUCCAGGGAACGUAUGAUGCCACAAAGGGAUAUGUAUGAACCACGUCUUCCUCCUCUUCCGCCUGAUUACCUACAGUUUAGUAGACUUGCAACUUCAUCUCGCUACUCCCUUGGCCAUACGUCUUUACAUAGUUACAACCCAUCGGACCGUCGGCCGUACUAGCGCUCGUAUGCCGGAAGCGCCGCUGCCGAACCUUCGAUCAUUGGUGCGGACACAAGUGUAGUGUCACUACUGUACUUGUAACUUGUGCUGUAAUAUAUGCGUCGGCUCCGCCCGGAUUAUACCGCCGCCGUGGCCAUGCCGUACCGUAUUACUCUUAAUGUGUUAUGAACACAUUUAGCCCAUUCAUGAUAUUCCCAGACAACAUUUCCCUCUUAUUACAGUUUAAUUUUAUUAUGUUAGCAUUCGGUUUUUUCGGUUAGGAUUAGUUAGUGUUUAUAUUCCUAUGAAAUGUUAUUUAGACUACAUUGUAUUGUGUGAAUGGUAAGGUUUACUAUAAAUAAAAAUCCAAAUACAAAAA